UUUAUUUUUAAUUUUUUUUUUUAAGAGGAGGAUAAAAAAAAAUAAUUGAGGGAGAGAAAAAAAAAAUCAUAAUUGCGAAGGGCUUGAUCCGGGAGAACAAUACUCGCCGGGAAAGUUACUGCGCGGCGGGGAGGGAGCGGCGAGAGUAAAAUGCCGCAGCUGGGCAGCGGCGGCGGGGACGACCUGGGCGCCACGGACGAGAUGCUGGCCUUCAAGGACGAGGGCGAGCAGGAGGAGAAGAUCCCCGAGAACGCCUUCACCGAGCGCGACCUGGCCGACCUCAAGUCCUCGCUGGUGAACGAGUCCGAGGGCAGCGGCAGCCCGGCCGCCGCCGAUGGCGAGGCCCUCCGGAGAGUGCAGGAUCCGCAGAGGGUGUACCAGGAGAAGCUCCCGGACCACAUGGAUGAUGCAGGUAUGAAACAUCAGGACCCAGGGAUGUAUAAAGGAUCUGCCUAUUCUGGUUACCCUUUCCUGAUGCUCUCAGAUCCGUAUCUGCCCAAUGGAUCUAUGUCACCUCUGUCCAACAAAGUUCCUGUCGUGCAGCCGUCGCACGGAGUGCACCCGCUCACCCCGCUCAUCCCGUACAGCAACGACCAUUUCAGCCACGGCUCCCACUCACCCCACUUGCCCGCUGACAUCAACCAGAAACAAGGAGUGCACCGUCCUUCCCAGACCUCAGACAUCCCUGGUUUCUACCCCCUGCCCCCCGGUGGAGUCGGCCAGAUCACGCCGUCGAUGGGAUGGCAGAGCCAGUCUGUCUAUCCGCUCCCGUCAUGUGGAUUUAGACAGCCGUAUUCGUCAGCGCUUUCUGCUGGGGCUUCUUUCUCCAGGUUCACCCACCCACUGAUGCUGGGCUCUGGCAUGCACACCACGGGCAUCCCGCACCCCGCCAUCGUGCCCCACUCCGGCAAGCAAGAGAUGGAGCACUACGACCGAAACAUGAAACCUCAACCAGAACCAAAGAGAGAGAAGGAAGCCAAGAAGCCCACUAUUAAGAAGCCCCUGAACGCUUUCAUGUUGUAUAUGAAAGAAAUGCGGGCAAAAGUCAUCGCUGAGUGCACCCUGAAAGAGAGUGCUGCCAUCAACCAGAUCUUGGGAAGGAGGUGGCACGCGCUGUCCCGCGAGGAACAAGCCAAGUACUACGAACUGGCUCGCAAGGAACGGCAGCUCCACAUGCAGCUCUACCCCGGCUGGUCUGCCAGAGACAACUACGGGAAAAAGAAGAGACGAACACGGGAAAAGCAGCAAGAUUCCAACUCAGGAGGAAAAAGAAGUGCAUUCGGUACCUACAAGGAGAAGGACGCUGUGCCAGCCCAGUUUCUUCCGAUGGAAGUGCUAUAGACUCCCCUCCAUCCCCACCGGACGCACUCCGAUGCAUCCCCUCUGCCUUCCCGUCAGAGCAGCUCGCAGCCACCGCCGACCCCGCACACCGCGACCAGCCCGACCCCUGCCCCAUGUCCGCACACCUCCCGCCCGCCUCCGGCCCCUCCAGACCCGGCGCCCGGCGCUCCCCGGCUCCAGCCGCGCCCCCCGCUUACAGCCGCGCCUCCUCGGGGACAUAGUCCCUCGCCACCGCUGGCCACACCGCUCCGCUCGCCCACCUGGUUCCGCUGCCCCUGGACGAGGACCAGAGGCCCAGCCAAAUCCCCACUUCACUGUAAAAUAUGCACAGUUUGGCGACAGGAUGACUUAAGGAUGAUGGAAAACUCACUUGGUUUGGGUUUUUUGGAGGGGAGGGGUGAUAAAGAUAGUAAAGCAAUUUAAAAAAAAAAAGGUAAAAGAAUAAGUACUUGCCAAAAUUUAAAGUGCUGAUGAGUAAACAAGCCUUUUGUCCCUGCCCUGUGAUGCUUUUUUUUUUUGCUUUUUUUUUUUUUCCUGUUGUUACUGUUUGUUUGGGGGUUUGUUUUGUUUUGUUUUCUUUUUUACUGCAUUAUCUCCAAGGGUGGCAGAGAGCAGAGCCACGUUCCCAGCUUGCUGCUGUAGGUGGUAGGUGCUAUCAGUCUAACCUUGGCUUCCACUCCCUGCCAUCCAAGCUACUUCAAAGUGUAGUCACUCACAGAUCUCUCAUAUCCAUUACACCACGGAGCUGGAAAAGCUGGAAUAGGAGUAUUUUUUAAAAGCCCGUAUGUCUGAAAAGGAAACAUAGUGAUGCCAGCAUUCUGAUCUGACCAGGUAAAAGUGAAAUUAAAUAUUUAAACCAAUGAGGUUUUUUGAACUUGUUUGAGAACAGGAGGAUGAUGUUUGAAGGUAACGGCUCUCUGUGCAGACAUAUCCCAUUCCCCGGUUGUACAAGGCAGAAGAAAAGGGAGCACCAGCUGAGCAAAGGAGCACGGACUGGAAGGCUGCUGGAAGGGCUGGUGGUUGCUCAGGGCGUUGGUCAGGUGCAGGGUCUGCCCUGCUGUUAGGAAUUGUCCUCUGCAGAUGGGGAUGGUCAGAAAUGCCACCAGACUAACUGGCCAAAGCCUCAGAAAUCAGUCUGUUGGUUUUGUAGGCUGCAAUGGAGCUCCGCACCUCCAGAGCAGGGAGCAGGGAAGGGCAAGUGGGGAGCCAGCAGCCCAGGAUCACACCAGCCCAGGGCUGAGGACCAUGCUGGCCCAGUGGAUCCUUUGUCUGAGCGGAUGGGGAGAGGUGUGAGCUCUCCCAUCACGGGGCAGUGUGGCAGCAGAGCAGCACUUACUACCCUGAUCUGGGCCCUGGCGAGAUAAGAACCCUCUUUUUCAUGAUUCAGUGUAGAACUUUUAAAAAAAACUUAUUCUAGCUUUUUCUAAAAGAUUCUCCCUCCAUUCCAAUGAUGAUGCCAAAUGUUAAUGUAUUCUCUUCAGCUUUAAAAUGUUUACCAAUCUCUGGUAUUGUAUUUAUAUUCUGAGUUUGAUAAAAAACACUGGAUGGAUUAUGAUCUCCAUGAACUGAUGUAAAUCCCAAAUAAUUCCAAGUUCUGGAUUUACUUCAGGUUUACAGUCUUCUGAGAGACCACAAUCUAGUCCAGUGCAGACUUUUUUUCCUGUUCGAAAGAAAUAUAUUCCAGACUGCUGAAGAGAAAAAUGACACCACACAGAGGUAGAGGAGCCACUAUUUUUUUCCUACUUGAUAGAUGGGUACUGAAUACAAAGUACAUAGUAAUAUUAUUGUAGAACUGCAAGAAAUUUAAGAUGAACUUUAUAAUGUACAAACUAUUUUUAUAUUUUUUUCUUAAUGCAAAAACACAAACCAUAAUUUUUUACAUUGGAUUAAACGUAACUUUUUAACAAAGUUUAUGCCUCAAAGAUUUAAAAUUAAAAAAAAAAAAAAGCCAAACCUAACUAGUCUGUAGAGCAGCUUUGGGUUUAGUCCCUUUAUUUAGAUAGUUUUGCUUACAGUAGUGUAGAUUUUUUAUUUCUGGUUUUAGCUUAGAAGAUCUCAACCUAUUUCUUUAUUCCUCUCCUGUGUAAAUGUAGCCUCAGAAGCACUGACAGAAAGCUAUGUGCAUAAACCUGACAAGUUUGCAAAAAGCCAUGUUGAAGUUUGAAUCACUUUAACCCUUGGAGAAGUAGCAUUACCUGAUCCAACGCCAACUGUACACUGGUGUACUGACUGCUCUCAGAGGGUUAAUUACAUAGCACUAGAUCAAUAUGCAAUCUGCUAAUUUUAAAUUAUUUUAGCAAGCUUAGCCAACAGCAUUUUCCAGUGUUGAACAGAGGAACUCAGUAGACUUGCCAGACCUGACAUGGUCUCUUUAAUCAUUUGAUUUUCAAACAAACAAACAAAAACGCAGCUUUAAAAAAUGGCUGUGUCUCAGCUCUUCAUUUAUCACUCUGAGACUCUCUGCUGUAAAAGUGUCACCUACUGGAAACACCGCAGAUGACAGACCAACCACCACAGCCUGGUGUAUCCCAUGCUGGCUGCAAGGCUGGUGUAACAGCACCCAACUGGCACUGUGUGGCUGGAUGAAAGAUGUAACUUAGCAGCAAAGCAAAGGCAGGUAGAAAAUAAAAAGCAGAUGUGUCUAAAUAACAUCAGAGAAAAUUUCAGGGAAAGUCCUGAUCAGUAUUAAACUGGCCGAGGCAUCCAGACCAGCCCUCAUUCAUUUCAUGCCCCAGGACUUUCACCCACUUAUUUCAAGGCUCCUCUGGCCCCUCCAUGGUGUUGUGAGUUCCUGCCUCGACCAGCAAAAGGCUCAUCUGCACUACAGCCUCCUCCCACUAUUGUUAUUCCAACUGAUUCCUGCAAAAGCUCCUUAGUGACACCUAACACCUCCUUUCCAGGGGCCCUUCUCCAGGCCCUCAUGCCACAGAAGCAUUUUCAGAGCCCCAGAGCUGGAGCAGUCACACCCACAGUGUUGUUCUGCCUGUGCUCUGCUCUAUACAUACAGGUUUAUGGCCAGACUUUACCCUGUGCUUCCAGCUACUGCAGAAUAAAUUCAGAAUAUCCACUUGUCAUAUACUAUACUCAGUUUAUACUGGGGUAACUGAGAAAAUUCCAUUAUUUUUAUUCCAAAACACAGAAAAGAUAUCUUUAGGCUGCCCCUUUCCAAGACAAAACAGCACGACUGACUUCUGUUCCAUGGCCCCACAGCUGAUAACUAAUGCCAAAACAAAGGUAUUAAUACCAAAAAAAGUGUCUUUAGACCUGCCAUAUCAAGUGUUGCUAUUUUGUGUUAAUAUUCUUUUUUAACAGAAGGAAGACUUUGCCCUGAAGUUUUUAUCUCAACAAGAUUUUUUUUUUCCUAGUUAUUUUACAGCAGUUUUAACUCUUCCUGAAGUACAUAUUUGAAUUCCUGGAAUCAGUAUGAAUGUAGAAAUCAUGGAAGUACCACUUCAUUAAAACAAGUAAAACCAAUGUAUGUAUGUAGCAGGGAUAAAUGUUUUGCAGCUGUACCUUCAUUUGUCCAAUGACUAUCCAUCAUUUGUUGUAAUUUUUUUACUUCACUGAGUUUGUAUUUUUUGGCUUCUAUGUUCAAAGUAUGUUUAUAGCUUUAUAAAUAAAGUAAUUGCCAGACUGGCUGUUCAAAGAG